UUUGAAAAUAAGCUUUCAAACCUAUUGUGUGAAAAGUAACCAUUUCAUUGUUUAUGUCUGAAUUUUAACUCAUAUAUUAUAAACUGUUAUUUUUUAUUUACAUUUGUAUUAGAUUAAGUUGUGUCAAUUGUGCAUUGUUAUUGUACUAUGAGUUCAGUUUAGUGGCAAAGUUUUUUAAAAGGAAUGGAUAUAAGUGCGUGGUGAAGCCACCUAAUUAUGAUAAAAUUACACUUUAAAAUUGAUCAAAGUUUGUCACCAAUUUAAUUCUUUAUGUGGCGUUUGUCUUUAAAAAAAUGCUGCUCUAUGAUUUGUGCUUGUAUUUAAAAGCUUAUUUUUUUAUGAUGUCAUUAAAUUAAAUGAUCUUUAGUGUGAAGCCCUUAAAACUACUUUAUCCUAAUGGAAACAAUGGAUUCAUCAAUAGUUAGCACGUUUAAAUCUAUUACAGACAUAAUUAAAUUAGACUGACUUUCAUCACUUGAUUAUUACUGAACCCCUUAAAAUAUUCAAGAAAAUAGUGGAACAAGGUAUGUGCAAACUUGAAAUAUAAAAUCAGGUCAAUCAAAAGAGAAUGUUGUGGCCAAGAGCCUUCUUUGGUAAACAACAAUAAAAACAUUUACUUUAAGAAAGCAUCUCCUUGGUGUUGUUAAGUAAAGGCAAGGUAAAAAGGGUAUACAGGUAAUUUUCAUACCAUUGAUGCAUUCUUUAAUAGGGUUUUUUUCAUUUCGUUAGUAUACAAAUUGCAUUUCCAUUUUUCAUAAACAAUCCAGCUGUAAUGGGCUUCAAGAGUGUUUGGAGCAUUUGAUUUAAAAUGUUUAUUAUUAUUUUAGUUGAUGCUAAGUCAUGCAUAUGUAUGCUGUCAUAGAAGUUACUAACACUGAUAUUGUAUUGAAAAUGUUUUCAAUGCUUAAAUUGUUUGGUGAAGGUCUAAGACAAUAUAAAUGCUUUAGCCAGAAAAAUAGAUUGUUCAGCACAAAAAAAUUAAUUGUUUAGCACAUUAAUAUGAUGAAUUGCCAGAUUCCUCUCCACCCCCACCUUCUAAACCCCUUCAAAGAUUGAAAUUAAAACUGCCAUACUUCUAACCAAGAUGAUUGUUUGUUCAUAACAUAUUUUUCCUCCCAUUUUGUCAGUAAAUUGUGGUCAAUGGUGGGGAAUAAUUUUUUUCCCCUUUAAUUCAGUCUUUCCUUUUUGGAAUGUUUGUCAUAUUGAUUGAUUUCAUUGGUUUGCCUAUGUUAUGGUCAUCACUUGAGAGGUUUCUGUUUUUUUGUUUUCUUAACAAUGUAUAUUAAAAAAUAAUUUUUCUCUCAUAAAGUUUGUGGUAUUUUCAAUAACAUUCCCUUGCAUAGAGGUAAAUUGAUUUCAAGUUAGUAUUUAACGAUUUUCUUUUCUUUUAAUUUAUUUUUGUUAUGCUUUGAUUUUAUAAUUCAUUGUUGAGGAGUUUGGGAUUUCAGACCUUUGUCUUUUGUCCUUUUUUUUUUUAAAGUGGGCAACCUCGUCUUUUAUUAUUUCAAAUUAUUGAAGCUUGGAUUUAAUUUAUGCCAUGGCUUAAAUCCCAUCCACAAGCAAAUGAUCCGCUUUUGCUUAGAUGAUUAAAUGAAAUAGAGCUGUCAAUAUAAACUUUUGUAGCUCAAUGUGACUGAAGUGUCUGCUUAAUUAAUUGCAAAGCCAUUUUAAUGUCAACAAAAUACUAUCUGUUGAAACGUGACAUCCCAAAAAAGAUGGCUUUGAUACAGCAUUACUUUGGAGGCACUCGUUAUUAAGGAAUUUAUUAUAUAGAAAAUCAAUUUAAAUGUACAUUGUCCUAUAAUAAUUCAAAGGAAAGUUACACAGUCAAUUACGUUUGCUUGUAUAUUCUUUUCAGUGGCAUUAUAUGGAUAAUUGCAUGUGAUAACAUGUCUAGCAGAUGAUGCUUUUUACCAUAUUAUUUGUUUAUUAACUUACAUUUCUUUAAAGCUACAAUUGGUGUGUCACAAAUGGGAGCAUAGUAUUGUUUUUUUUGUUUGUUAUUUUUAAUAAUAAAUCAGAUAACAUAUUUUCAUAAUGCUCUACCAUAUAAAACAUAGUUUUUAUUUUUAGUAGCACAUAUUUCUUAAUUUUUAUUUAUUUUUUGUGAACGUAAAUAAACAAAGCUUUAGAAAAAUAUUAGAUGAAUCAUACAAUAAAUAAUGGCAGUAGUGAUUUUAUUCAGUAAAGUUAUAAAACCAAGAGAGUUCUGGAAACAUCGGUUUUUGUUUUUUCCUCUAGGUAACAUGGGUCUUCAGACACAGCAGCCACCACCUCCACCUGUGACCACACCCACAGCCCCUUGGCAGCAGCAACCCCCACAAAUGGCACCGCCGCCUCCACCGGUUUCUUUGGCACCGUGGCAGCAGCCGCCGCCUCCCCCAACAGCCAUGUCUAUGUCGGCGCCGCCUCCUCCAGGCCCGGUCCAGCCCCCUUCCUUAAUGACAACAUCUGUACCUCCUCCUCCACCUCAGUCGAGUCCGGGCCACCAGUACAACACUUUUGCUCCGCCGCCGCCACCUCCUAUGUCUUACAACAACCAGAGAAUGGCCGGAAUAAACCAGAUGAUGAUGGCAGGUCCACCACCUCCCCCACCUCCUAGUUAGGAUUAGAGUACAGAUAAUUAGGUAUGACGAAUUUAUCAAGUUAAGUGCUGUGCAAGGAAGAAAGCUGCAUACAGCAUGUCUGUAAAAUAUGUACAUUUGAUCCCCGGUCUCUAAUCAUUUUGUUAAUCGGUACGUAUCCCAAGUUGACGUUAUGUAGCUGGCACAUGUCCCCAAGUUGACAUGUUUUAAAAUACAUUGUACAGUAAUUUGUUUUAUAACAACCAUUGGUACAGUAUUCUGCAAGCCCCCUUUUUAUGGUUUCUACUGCCACUGUAUGUAUGUAUGUAUAUGGUUUUAAUGGACUUGUAUGACGGAAUAAAUAUACUUACAUGAAAGCUAGUUAGGAUGAAACAUAAAAUGAGGGACACUUUUUCUUUAACUAUGAAAUGUUAAGAUAUUUUCUAAGCUUUUUAAAAACCAAAAUGUGUGUAUUGACAGCAAUACAUAAAUAUUGUUGUAAUGUUAUUGAUAAUGAUCAAGUGAGUGGCAUUAGGAUUGAGUAUCCUAAACAUGUAUUUAUUAUUGAGCUCCCAGGUUGUGUUCUUGUACCAAGGUGUUGGUGCUGUACAUGUCCUGGCACUUACUUUAUGCUUUAGUCUUAGGUUUUUUUUAAAGCUAGAAUAUUUUCAGGAAGUUUUGUGUUCACCUAAAAAUAGUAUUUAUAGAAAGUAAAUAAAGCGAUACAAUUAAGAUGGAACUGCAAUAUAAUUACUUAUUAUCCUGAAGAUGAUUACAGUAGUCUCCAUCUCGUUAGCGUCCCGACAUGCAUUUUCCGAACAGAUUGAUUCUGCUAUUGCUGAAUAUUACUUUUAGAAAUUUGCAAUAGAUUUUCAAGUAUUAAGGGUCUCUAUGGAUUGCAUUCCUAGUUUUUAUUAAGAUAAGAAAGAGGUAUUUUUUAUUUAUUUUUUGGACACAAACUACUGUUUCAUUACCUGUCCUUGCAUACCAUUGAAUAAGUUUGUUUUAUUGCUCAUUAUGAGGAAAUUGCAAAAUUGAUUAAAAAAAUAAUCAGU